AUGAUUUUCGGGGGAAACGAUAUUAAGGGGUACAUUCUUGGCAGCAAAAAGGCGAAGGUGUCAGUAACCCACAGCAAAAGGCUCCGGGAAGUCGCUGAAGACAACAUCACUUUCACGGAAGAGGAUGUAGAUGAAUUGUUGCUAUCGCACGACGACACAUUGGUAAUCUCUUUAAAUGUACUAGAUUUUAACAUCAAACGUGUUCUAGUAGAUCUAGGGAGUUCGGACAGUAUUAUACAAUGGAGGGUAUUAGAGCAAGCCAAGCUCACCGGAAGCAUCAUUCAAGCCACAAAACUCAUCGCCGAGUUUAACCUAGCAAGCGUGACAACCCUAGGAGAGAUCUUGUUGCUCACGAAUGCCGAAGGGGUGAUGAAGACUACCCUUUUCGAGGUGGUGGAUGGUGAUAUGGGCUAUAAUAUUAUCCUGGGAAGACCAUGGUUGCACGAGAUGAAGGUUGUACCAUCGACAUAUCACUAG